AUGGGCAGCCACGCGCCGUCGUCGUCCUCGACCUCGCCGGAGGUAGAGCGCGAGCGCAUUGCACCGAUGCUGCGGCUGCGAGAGCUCCCGAUGCCGCUCCGCUACUGUUCCAUGACCGACGUCACUCGCCGCUCGGGUGAUCGCUCGCCCGCGCGCAGGGCGCAGCACGAGACCGGCUACGCUGCCGCCGUGUGCGACACCUGCGGCUCCGGCGACCGCGACGACGAGCUGCUGCUCUGCGACCGCUGCGACCGCGGCCGCUACACCUUCUGCCUCCUCCCGAUCGCCGCCAUGGUCCCCAUCGGCCCAUGGUUCUGCCCCGACUGCGCCGGCCCGCCCGUCAAGCGCUUCAAAAGCUUUCCAAUGGAGGAGGCCAAGAUCAUCGAUUUCUUUCGGAUUCAGAACGAUGAGCAGGAUGGCGAGCCCGCGAAAUGUAGGCUCUCCCAAGUGGACAGCAUGAAUCCUUACAAUGAGGCAGCGCUAACCCUCUAG